AUAAUUGACAUCUUGCACUUUUCACAGUAGAUAAACGACGAACAAAAAAGUUUUUCUCUCUCAAAUUGAAAGAAAAAAAAAAUUAAUCUGUUUUUUACAUAAAAUUUUUACCAAAAUUUAACUUACAAAAACAUAUUAAAAGAUAAAUAUUCCAAUACAAAAAAAAAAUGGAAGCAGUUCCAAGGCUUCACAUGCUAUGGUUUGCUUUAAAAACAAGUCCCGAAGGAACAUCAUUUGCUAAUUUAAAAAAGUACAUUGCUGAAUGCUAUCAAGAAGAUCCCGAAUCUUAUUCCAAAGAUGUUCACGCUUUGGAAGUUUUACGAAAUUCCUCGAUGCGACCGGCAAAAGAUAUGCAAGGAUGCGCCACCCUCAAACGUUAUUAUUGCCAAUUGCAUUCACUGACAAAUCGAUUCCCACAAAUCACGUCACGUUCCGUAUUCACAUUUACUUGGAAAGAUUUGUACCAAAGUAAUGUGACGGAAGUGACAAGUCUUCGCUUUGAAAUGGCAGCAGUUUUAUUUAAUAUUGCUGCCUCCCACACGCAAGUGGGUGCUUCGGUGUCGCGAGGCGAUGUCGAUGGAAUGAAAUUAGCUUGUACACAUUUUCAAUGUGCUGCUUGGGCUUUUGGCGAGCUACGAGAAAAGUACUCCGGUGUCAAUUCGAAUGGUGAUUUUAUGACACCGGAAUUGUUGGUUUUUAUGCAACAAGUUUCAUUUGCUCAAGCUCAAGAAUGUAUUUUGGAGAAAUCAUUGAUUGAUAAUAGAAAACCGAAUAUUGUUGCAAAAGUGACAGCACAGAUUGUUACUUAUUAUGGAGCUGCAUUGGCAGCUUUGUUUACUGGUGGCGAUGAUGGACCAAUUGCACAGGUUAUUGAUAGUGGAGAAUAUAAAUUGUGGAGGAAAUAUGUUAAAUUCAAGAUUGCAUAUUUGACUUGUAUAUUGUUUUUGUAUCAAGGACAACAGGCUGAGGAGCAACAGAAGAUGGGAGAGAGGUUGACGCUUUAUCAGGCUGCUUGGGAAAAACUUGAAGAAGCUCGCAAAGAAAGCAAAGGUCUACCAGAUCAAAAAGAAAUAGUCGAAUCGCUAACCUUCACAGCAGAUGUUGUCGAAGGCAAAAGAAAGAAUGCCAAAAAUGAGAAUGAAUUCAUCUACCAUGAACCUGUUCCAGAACUCAGUGACAUCACUGCAGUUCAAGGAGCAAAUCUUGUCAAUGGCAUAAGUUUCAGUAUUACAGAUCCUGAUAUUGCAGGCGAGGAUAUAUUUAGCCGUCUGGUUCCAAUGAAAGCCCACGAAGCUAGUUCUAUGUAUAGUGAAGAAAAGGCAAAGAUUCUUCGUGAAAUCGGAGCUAAAAUUGAAAAAUCCGAUUUGGAAUUGGCUUCUUAUAUGAGUUCUUUGACUUUGGAUAAUCUAAAUGUCAGUGAGGAAAAAGCCAAUAAAAUUCCCCAAGGAAUUGUUGAUCGUUGUGCAUCUCUGAAUGCCAACAAAGCUGCAAUUCCAGAUCUUAUUGCUUCAAUGUCACAUCUAGCUGAGAUUUGUGCUGAAGUUGAAACCAAUUUAAAUGAAAUGAAAGCUAUUCUUAGUGAGGAGGAGUCAAAUGAGAAGCAAUUUGCACAGAGCUCAGGAGUUCAACGACCCAAUGGACAUCUAACCGAACUCACAAGAGAAUUUCAAAAAUACUCCGAAGCUCAUCAAAAAGCUGGAGAAAGUAAUGACACUUUACGCAAAGCUAUGGAAUUACAUGUGAAUAAUUUAAAAAUUUUAUCAAAACCCUUGCAAGAAAUCCAAUCAAGUGUACCCAAAUUGACUGGAGAAUUCAAUUCAUCUGAAGUAUUCAAAGAUCUUAAACUAAUUCUUAAUAAAGUGAACGAAAUGAAGGCACAACGUGCUCAAUUCCAUGCUGAUUUACGAAUUGCUGUUAACAACGAUGAUAUAACAACGAAAGUAAUUGCCCAUGGCAGUGAUGAAGGCUUGCAAGCUCUUUUUGCCAAUGAACUCAAAAAGCAUGACAAACAAAUUGAACUUAUCGAUGCGAAUCUCAAUGCUCAGACAAAUAUUUUAUCAGCUCUUACAGAAUCCUAUGCCAAAGCUGCACCAGUUUUAAAGACCCUUUCCGAUGUGAAGCAUAAAAAAGAUAAUUUCUUCUCAUCUCUAGCUGCUUCAUUUGAUGUUUAUGAAGAUUUACUUGGCAAAAGUGCCAAAGGUUUAGAAUUCUAUAAGAAACUUUCAGGAAAUGUUCAAAAACUUUUAGCCAGAGUUCGAGCUGCUAAAGAUGUACAAGAUGAAGAUCGUCAACAGAGAAUGAAAAGUACUGCUGCUGCUGCUGCUUCAGCGGCUGCUAGUGUUGCCGUAGCACCUUCACCAUACAAUGUGCCUUUAACCAACACUGUUAAAUCCAGUUCUACACCAAAAUUAAAGGACUACCUCAAUAAAAAAGCCGCCGGAAAUGAUGCCAGUGCUCCAUACAUUCCAUCUAUUCGUCCCAAUCCACUUGGAUCCGAAAAUCCCACAGCAGCGACUUGUGGAACAGCUCCACCAGCAGCAAAUCAACAAACUUAUCCAUCACAAGCAGUUGGUCCAAAUGAACCACCACCACCGUAUAGUGUGAAUCAGUAUUAUGAUACCGCUGGAUAUGGCAAUCCAAUGUAUCACAAUACUCCAGCUCCACCUUAUGAACCACAGGCUUAUUAUCAACAGCAGGGUUAUGGAAAUCCUCAAUCCGGAGUUGAAGCUAUGGAUACCAGCUAUUCUACUUAUCAACAACAGGGACAAAAUGCCAAUAUGUACCAACAAUAUCCAACUCAACAACCGACUUCACAAAAUGUGCCUCAGAGUCAGCAGCAGCAACAGCCUCAAGCGGCUCCACCAGCCAUGUCAUAUCCACAAUAUCAAACUCAGUCGGCCUCGCAAAAUGUGCCUCAAGCAACAGCAGCAGCAGCUCCCAGUCAACAACAACAACAAUCGCAAGCUGCCCCUUCAGCUAAUCCCUAUUCACAAUAUCCAACUGCAGCAAAUCCCACUGGACCGGCACAAUCUUAUCAAACAUACCAACAACAGCAACCUGUUGCUCCUACGACUGCUGCUUCAACAGGAGCAACUCAGCCCUAUCAAGCUUAUCAGCAACAACAAAGUGCUCCAACGGCAGUUGUUUCCCAAUCAUCUUACCAACCCCAAGCUCAACCCAUCCCAUCCCUACCAAACAAUUCCCUUUUGUAUUCACCUUAUUCACAGCAACAGCAAACUGUACCAAUUCCACAAAACCCGAUGAAUCCAUAUCAAAAUCAACCUCAAAAAGCAUCAACUCCUCCAGUUCCUUCUCAAUCUCAGUACUAUCAAGGGAACUCAUACCCAACUCAGUAUAACCAAGAACAAACAUUCCAAGAUCCGGCAUAUAAUUCCGAGAUUCAACAACAACAGCAGCAGCAACAACAACAGUAUCCCCCACAACCAGUACCGGUUCUUCAAAACACAACCCAAGUGGUUUACAGCUCAAUGGCAGUUUCACAGGCUAACACAAGCACUGGUCAUUCCUAUUCCAACCAUCCGGGUUAUAGUUUUAAUGCAAGAUCCGGCUCAUAUGAGUAUGGAAGUGGCUAUCAAGUUGUACCAACAACAGGUUUCUAUGGACAGUAUACAAGUGCUUUAGGGCAGACUGGUCAGAUCAAUAGUUUUACAACAGAUUCUGGAGGUAAAAGUAAAAUAAGUGCCCAGGAUCAAGAUCUUGCUGUUGUAUCUCAUACGAAAAACCAAGAACCACUUCCACAAGACCAAGCAGCAGCACAACCAACUGAUCCAAAUAAUGUUAGCUACUUUAGCCUUCCAUAUGGCUAUCAAUCCAAUGAUCAAGCUGCUGCAAAUGCAUUUGGAUAUCCUCCUGUGGAUCUUAAACAUUCAACACCAAUGUACACUCCAUCGCAGUCAACAAUUUAUAUGCAAAGUGGCAAAGGCAAUUCAACACAGACCACAACCAGCGAUGAGUAUGGUCCUGGAGCAACACCACCACCAACGGCUUCAGUUACCCCCAAACCUGCUCCAACUCCUCCUCAACCAGGACCAAAACCCGCAGCACCAGCUGCUCAACCGAAAAAACCAUCAUCGAACAUUGAUCUACUGACCGAUAUUGAUUUUUCAUCCCCCAUCUUGCCUGCUCCUUCACUCCAGCCACAAAUUGCUACCACAGCUGUAAAGACAGAAAAUCCACCACCACCGGAAACUUUGUCACCAGCUAAGCAACCACAGGUGGCACCUUUAGCUCCACAGCAGGCACUAGCAGCAUCAUCAUCAUCUCCCAUCAAUGCAUUGGAAUCUCCAAUUGAACGAAAAAUGUCCUGUGAUAACCUCUCAAUCUGCUCAGAUCUAUCCUCCUUGGAUCAUAACUUGGAUUGGGAUAACUGUUCAAUCCGCAGCGAUGGAAGUGGUGUUAAAUAUUCUCCACCACAAGAUCCAUUUUCUGAUCCGAAAACUUUAAAAUAUUUCCACAAAGAAGUUGAACGUUUUGAAAAGACUAUCGAAAGUUUGAAUGUGCAAAUGUUGAAUGGCAGUACACCAUUAAAAAGCAAAUGGAAGGAAAUACAUGAUUUACUCAAAAAAGAUUCACCAAAGAAAACAACAGCGAUUGCAAAGUUGUUUCCCGAAAAGAAUCGCUCAAAUGAUUGCAUUCCAUAUGAUCAUGCUCGUGUUGUGCUGGAGACAAGCACUGAUGAUUAUAUUAAUGCUGCUUAUGUCAAAGACCUUGGACCGGGUUGUCCCAAUUUCAUCAUUGCUCAAACUCCUCAGCAAAAUACACUGAAUGAUUUUUGGUCAAUGAUUUGGUCACAAAAAGCUAGAACUGUCGUGUGUUUACAUACACCUAACGAACUUCUUGAUCCUUUCUGGCCACAAGAAAUAAACUCUGAGAUGCAUUUCGAUGACUUUUCAGUGAAAGUCGUAAAAAUCAAUAAUCUCUCACACACAAAUGAGUUUAAUUUGAAGUUAUCAAUGAAUGGAGCUGAUGCAAUACUUGAUUUAUCACUUUUACAAAUCAAAGCUUGGACUAAGAGUUCUCCAACGCAAUUGCUCGGAAUUGCUCGAAAUGUCUUGACUGGAAAUAAGCUUCGUUGUGAGGAAUUCAAGACCAAUUCACCAGUUAUUAUGAAUUGUCUAACGGGGUCUGAGCGGUCGGAACAAAUUGCUGUGGCAAUAUGUGCCAUUCAAGCCACUCAGACCAAACGUCCCUUGCUGAUAAAUGUCGUUGAUGUUUGGUAUCGGAUUUGUAAUCAAAGACAAAAUGCUCUGAAGGAUUCUGAUAAUUUGGAACUUUCGAUGCAAAUUGUACUGAGUCAUGGUCACGAUGUUUUGAAUAAACGUGGCAUUAUGACAUCAUACCAAAUGAAGACAGCCCAAACUGUAACAGCAAAAGAUAAAGAAGAAAUAAAAGAUCCACUCAAUGAAUUAGAUCCUUUAUGGAAACUUAAACAAAAAUAAAUUUCCAUAUAAAUUAUGAACAAAGAGAAACUUUGAGUGAAAAUAAGCUAGACUGUUGGGACUGAUUUAGCAUUGAAUUUUUCUAUUAAAAAAAAAAAAUAUUCAUCGAUAUUUAAAAAAAAAUCAUAAAUUUUAUUAAUUUGUUCUAUUUUUUGUUAUAUUAAUUUAGAAAAAUAAUAAACUUGAUGCGCUAGACGACAAAAUUUUUUAACCAUAAUUUAUGUUUUUUUUAUCUAUACGAACAAGUUUACACACUUAGAAUUAAAAAAAAAAGAAAGAAGCUUUUUGUUUUAUUUAUAUUAUCAAACAUAAUCACAAU